AGAAAAAGUUUGAUUAGAAACUUCUGGAUUGAUGAGAGGUUGCCUAUUCUUAUUUGCUGUGUAACUUUCAUAACUCAUUCAUGAUUAAACUUUCAGGUAUCGUCAAAUGUUUUAAUUUUUGUUGUUUUCAAUCUAAAAUUGCUUGAAAUUUACAUAAACACUUUUGGCACGUGUACAGUGGAACCUAUGAAGUGAGCUACAUAUCCAGCCGACUAGGAACCGUCCAAAAAUUUAGUUUUACAAGGAUGGACUUCACAGAAGAAAAUCCACUAUCUGUGUCUAGUGUGGGAGCGGCUGUACGGAACAAUGAUUUUGUAGCUGUGAGACGAGCAAUAGCCAAAGGGAGAAGUGUUGACUUGAAGGACAACAGAGGAUGGUCACCACUCCAUUAUGCAGCCAGCAAAGAUUACAUAGACUGUAUACAUGAACUGCUGUACGCUGGAGCAGAAAUUGAUAUCAAAACACAUGAGGGAGAGACUCCAUUGUAUUUGGCAUGCGCUAACAACUGUUAUGAAGCUGCUGUUAUUCUGCUUGAAGCUGGAUGUUCGGUCAAUUUAUCCAACAAUGAAUCUAUAACUCCCUUGCAUUGUGUAGCAAAACAUGGAUUUGAUAAUCUAGCCAUAUUACUGAUGAAUAAAAAAGCCAAUGUGAAUGCUCGAGAUUAUGACUAUUACACACCACUUCUGGAAGCAGUGAGGCAUAACCAAGCCAGCACGAUUUGCAUUCUUCUUGGUCAUGGUAAAGCACUUCAAGCUAUCAGUGACUCCUCGAGAAACUUACCUAUCCAUCAUGCUUGUCUCCUCGGCCAUACUGAAAUUCUAGAAAUUUUACUCAAAGGUUGCCAAUACAGCAGUACUGCACAACGCCAACUGUUCGGUAAAAACUACUUGGAGAAGGUUGUAAAUUGGAUGAACAUAGAUGGGUACACGCCACUAAUGCUAGCAGUGCAAUCGCGUAACCUGUCAAAUGUCAAAUUACUUUUGAAAUUUGGAGCUGACGCUAAUAAAGGCUUUUGUAUAAAGCAUGGCCUUACAUCACUACACCUUGCAGCUUACUAUGGAGACUUACCAAUUCUCAAAGUGAUUCUGGAUGCAACAACGAAGGAAACAAUAAGAAAAACUUGUUCUGGAGAUUCAAACAAAAACUUGAGAAGCAGCUUGAUUUGUAAUGCUAUCCUAUCAAAAUCUCAAGACUGCUUGGAAUUCCUUUUGGAUUAUGGUUUUGAGAGUGAAGUGUUGAAUGCUAAAUUUUUGGACACAAAUCCUAUCGGCUGUCUUUUCAGGAUUAGAUUUCUCAAUACUCAACCUCAAUUUCUUCAAAUCUUGUUGAAAAGUGGGUAUGAUCCUAACUGUCUGCACAUUGAUAAUUAUUCUAAUUUUACGUAUUUCACUGCUACCAUAGAGGAUCUUUCUCUAUCAAAUGAACAAAUUGAGUAUGUUGUACAUCAAUUAGUAGAUCAUGGAUUGAACUUCUCCUAUCAACAGAGAGGAACAUGCCAUUUUAUGGCUUCCUGUAUCAAAGGUCUUCGUUUCAAAUUGAUACCGUAUUUGCUACAGAAAUUCCAUGUUACGGAGCCUUAUCUUCUACUGGACUAUAUCUUGCGUUCGCAGAAUAGGCAUGAUUCGUGCCAAAGGCCUAUGUCCACAUUGAUCACAUUCUUGAGUCAUUACGUGGAUCCAUCCGGUGUCUCACAUACAUUCAGAAUUCCAGCUAUUACAUCACCUGAAAGAGAACCGCUCAUCAAUCUUAGUCAUUCACUGACAUUUCCGUCUUUGAAAGGUAUGGCCCGUUCAGCUAUCCGAAAACACUUACAUUCUGCUUGUGAAACCAAUCCACAUCAAUUUAAAGUCAGACUCAACAGCCUUGACUUACCUGCGUCCCUCAUAUCUUACCUCAAUUAUGAGGAAAUGGUAACAUUUUAUGAAUCAUUGGAGAAGAAUCACACUACACAAAUGGAAGAAAAUGUUUCAACAUUGUACGAGUCGAUUGGCCUCAGCGAGUGAACUGAAUCUAUUGUGUAUUGAAACUUAAAUUUACGAACAAGUUUUUUUCCUGGUUGUAUGUAUUUUCAUCCCGGUCGUAUGUAUUUUUAUCCCGGUUGUAUGUAUUAAAUUCAAACUUGGCUGAGUAUGGUCAUCUAACCAAUCGUAUGAACAAGUGAUAGAAAAUGCGAUUACCUCAAUGAUCAUGUAAAAUUUAAUAGACAAAAACGGGUCUUUAUUUCUUAUGAGGUUCAUAAAAUGACGGUAUAGGUUCGAAUCUUUUUCAAUAGAUGGGAUAACUAGAUGAAUAAUAAAAAAGACAAAUUAAUAAAAAAAGUUGGUAAAUUAACAAUAAUUUUUAUUUUAAACAAGAAAUGGUAGUUUUUACAUAAUUAUUCAGUACUGGUGUUUGAUGAUAUAUUAUUGAAAUUAAUUUGUACUGAACAGUUUAUUCAAGGUCAAUGAAGGUGAAGGACAUUGGUUUUGGUUGGACGGAAUUGACGUCGUACUACUUGAUGUAAUGAAUCUGGUAUACAUGUAGAUAGGAAAGGGAUACGACCCUCCACGGUGCUUGGAGGUUGCAUGUACACAGAUUCUGGAAGGCAUAUUGAGCCUUUCACUAGUCUAUCAAAAUUAUUGAUAAUUUUCCCCACUGGAGUCGUCAGAAACAGACGCUUAUGAACUCUGUCAAUUGCUCGAACUAUACCUGCAACAAUUAAAAUUAUUCCUUAAAAUUAUCACUUAAUUGAAUUAUUUUCAUAUGUACUCAUAAAUACAUCUAAAUGAUAAAUGUCGAAAAAAAUAAAAAAAUGUCGAAUGGAA